AUGGCGUCCUCUCCAGAGUUAGACUGGCAAUGUAACAAAUCAUUGGUUCAAUGCCUCGAAUAUUUGUUUACUUCCGGUCUCGCAUGUGACGUUACAUUCAUCGUUGGAGAAUGCAGAACUCGGAUUUCUGCUCAUAGAACAAUUCUUGUAUGCAGGAGCCCUGUAUUUUAUGCCAUGUUGGAAGGCAGUCUUGCAGAGAAAGGGGAGAUAAUUAUUCCGGAUAUUUCAAAGAAAUCGUUUUCACUUUUAUUAGGGUAUCUUUAUACUGACGAAAUCCAGCUAACAGUAACCACUGUGAUGUCAGUCCUAUCGGCCGCUCGGAAAUACUGUGUAGAUCAACUUGUGAAGAUAUGCGAGGAGUUCCUAAAGUCCAAUAUUUCAGUAGAAAAUGCGUGUCUGCUGUUAGAGCAAUCUUAUAUGUUUAUGGAAGAAAAGUUGGAAACAGAUUGUCUUCGUUUUAUUCAUGAUUCAAGAGAAAAAGUAUUACAAACUUCCGGUUUUUUAGAAUUAAGUGAUGCAUGUGUGAAGAGUAUCACGGAGUCUGAUAAUCUGGCGGUGAAUGAGAGCACGGUGUACGAGGCGUUGAUUAGGUGGUCCGAGGCAGAAAGUUGUCGCCAAGGUCUACAGUUGAACGACAACAAUCGGCGAGAUGUGCUGGGGGACAUCCUAUAUACUGUUAGGUUUCCUCUCAUGGAUGCAACGUAUUUUGCACGGGAGAUUUCAUUCAGAGAUAUUUUAACGAGCGAAGAAAUUUCAAGAAUCUACAGGAUCGGGAAAAAUGAUAUGUUCAACUCGCAUAACUUUAAUAUAAAGAGAAGACAUAAGCCGAAACCAAAACGAGGCCAGUUUGAUUCCAUUUCCCGAUUUUCUCGAACACGGCGAGCUAGAAGGUACAUAUGGAAUUCUAGAAGCGGAAGUGAUUCCAUUUCCUUCAAAUCAAGUGAACACGUAUACUUCCAUGGACUUCUUACGUACGGGGCACACGAGGGAAGUGAGAAAAUCACUAUAGGUGUUUACAGGGAGGGCGGGAAUACAGUAUAUAGAGGUAGCCAUGAGAUCACCCGCAGUACGUACUGUAAAGUGGUAUUUGAUGACGUCAUCAGUGUUGAUCAUGGGGAAACCAUUGACGUGGUGAUUCAUGGUGGUAUACACGCCACAGCGUACGGACUGGAUGGAAAGUCAAGGGUUGAGUAUCAGAACGCCCUCAUCACGUUUUCAAAUAGCACGUUAUAUCCCUGUGUGUGUACAAACACUUCACGAGGACAAAUACCAGGACUGUUGUUAUCACUCUAA